AUGUCCGACAUUACAAACCACAGGACUCUAGGCCGGAGUAUCUGUAUCAUCACAGGAGCCUCCAAGGGAUUCGGACGGGCGCUGGCACACAAAGUGUCCCGCUGGCUGAAGCCUGGCUCUAUCCUCCUGCUGGUGGCUCGCUCUGAGACUCUGCUACAGGAGCUGAAGGAAGAGCUGCAGAGCUUCACAGAGGAACAGCAGACGGUGGUUCACUGCGUAGCUGUCGAUCUGAGCACGAGAGAGGGGGUCAAUGAAACAGUCAGCAUGGCGAGGCAGGAAGCUGGAAAUGAAAUAGAUCAUGUGCUCCUGAUCAACAAUGCUGCCACUUUGGGAGAAAUCUCCAACUUUGCGAGUUUUACCAACAUCGAGGAGGUGAACUCCUAUCUGUCCCUCAACGUGAGCUCUGCUCUGGCACUGACUGCAGGGAUCCUGCAGGUGUUCCCCUGCGUACCGCUCCUGCGAUGGAGCGUAGUGAACAUCUCAUCAGCCUUUGCACUGCAGCCCUUGCCGUCCUGGGUGCUCUACUGCACUGCCAAAGCAGCCAGGAAGAUGAUGUUCAGGGUGCUGGCUGAGGAGCAGCCACAUGUCAAAGUCCUCAGCUACUCUCCAGGUCCAAUGGAGACAGAUAUGCAGAAGGAGAUUCUGAGGUUGACAGGCGUCAAACAUCAUCUGUUGCCCUGCCAGGAGUCUGCUGACAAACUGGUGAAGCUGCUUCUGGACGAUGACUUCAUCUCAGGAGCACACCUCGACUUCUUCGAAGUGUGA